UUUCCAAAUUAGUAAUUCCUAACUAAUUACAAAAUGUAUAUUUACUUUUUACGCUAUUAACAAAAUAUUAUAGCUACUUGUAUGAGAAAAUAUAUAUUUUUUUAAAGUCAACAGAAGAGAUUGUCGAUUUUGAGUCAAUUUUAUGAGUGUACUGCUGUAUAUUAAUGGCGAAUUCGAUUCGUUUUCUCUUUAAAGCCAAUUACAAUUUUAAUAAUUUUUUAAUAUUUAAUCAGGUAUUUGUUUAAAUGACUACACGAAGGAGAAGAGUUAAUUCUGGCUCAGAUCAAAUUCUUAACGAUUAUUCAGCUCAAGAUUCAUCAGUUGAUAUAUCAACAGAGAAAGAUAUUCAUAGGAUAAUGCCACGAGAUCGUACUGCAGAGUUCAAUAAUGCAGUUAGAUCUUUACAAGGUCGACAGAUAGCACGUGCAGUUCAAGUUAAAGAUGUAAAAAAAGUAAAAGCACUCCAGAGUUAUGGGGAAUUUAUGUUGAUAGCUAAAAGUGUUGGCAUUAAUAUAAGCAAUACAUAUGCGAAACUAGAAAAGUUAACAUUGCUGGCCAAACGCAAAUCACUAUUUAAUGAUCGUCCCCAAGAAAUUCAAGAAUUGACUUACAUCAUUAAAGAGGAUCUGAAUAGUUUAAAUCAACAAAUAGCUAGAUUACAAGAUGUUGCGAAGUUACAAAAAGCCAGUCAAAAUAACUCUGGUCGAAAACAUUUGUUAUCGCAUGAAUCUAGUGUUGUAAUUUCGUUACAGUCAAAACUAGCUAAUAUAUCUAAUGAAUUCAAACAAGUUCUGGAAAUAAGAACAAAAAAUUUAAAGCAUGCUAAAUCAAGAAGAGAUCAAUUUUCACAAGGAAGUAGUUUGGCAGCAUUAUCUGAUGCCUCGUCAUUAGUUCCAAGACACAAUUCUGUUUUAAUGUCCAAUAAUCAAUGUGCCAUAGAUAUGGACAGUACCAAUGAUCAACAAGUACAACAAGUUACUCGGCAAACACAAGCAAUGGCUGUUUAUGAUCAUUCAGACCAGUAUUUAUAUACUAGAGCGGAAACCAUGCAAAAUAUUGAAUCAACUAUAGUUGAAUUAGGCGGUAUAUUCCAACAAUUAGCACAUAUGGUUAAGGAACAAGAAGAAAUGGUUGAAAGAAUUGACUCAAAUGUUCAGGAUGCUGAACUCAGCAUUGAAGCUGCUCACACACAAAUAUUACGGUACUUUCAGUCUGUAACUUCCAAUCGUUGGUUAAUGAUUAAAAUAUUUGGUGUUUUAAUAUUUUUCUUUAUAUUUUUUGUUGUUUUUAUAUCAUAAAUUUAGUGUUAAUAUUUUGAUAAAAAAUUAUUUUAUUUUUUUGUUGUCUUCAUCUGUUAAAUAUAUUACACAUUAUACCUAUCUAUAUAAAUUUAUAAUUUAUACAUUUAUACAUAUGAAUAUAUAAUAAUAGAAAAUAAAUGACUUGAAUUACAUAUAAUAUAA